CUGCCAUGUCGUAAAAGAACAUGAUGCCGAAGACUUACUGGAUCCUUUAGUGGCUAAUGAGCCUCAUGUUUCAUCUCCAAAUCGUGAGCUAAAUGCAAUAAAACUUAAAAUUGUAGAAAAAGUUGAAGCUGAAGCUCAAGCUGUUGCCGUCACAAAAUCUAACACAAGGUUCAAGUCGAAAAUCCAUAACAGUGAAGAACAAGAGCGAUUUGCAAAAGAAAAAGCACUUCGAAUUAACCUGGAGUCAUACCUUAACGUUUGUGUUUCGGCGGGUAUGGUCCACCGUGGUAUUUCUACAUUGAUAGCAUAUAGACAAAGGGCUAAGAAGAAGUCUGAAACUCGCAGCCUCAUUACAAUUGAUUUUUACAACAUUCUGCUCCACGGCUUAGGAGAAAACGGUUCCUUUGAACGAUUUAAAGACCUUUUCGCGUUAAUCGAAGAAGAUCAAUUGAGAUUUAAUGAACAAACAUUUGCCGCUAUAUUCGAAUGUCUAGGACGCUUAGUUUCUACAGAGGAAAAUAUCAAGGAAAUUAAAAAGUUCGCGCGAAUGGCAGAAAAAAAUGGCAUAACUUUAAAUCAAAUAAUGGAUCGAUCAAUAUUUACUGGUGAUCAAAGAGACGUUGUAAUGGAUGCUAUACGACGCAUUAAACCAGAUUUUUCUCCCAUAUAUACGCCACCAGCACUAAGUUACAAUAAUAAGCUUCUUGAUAAUAUAAAUGAGAACAUUUUGCCAAUAGGUAUACGAGUACAUGACACAAGCCCUGCGGGAUUGCCACCACACUCAAAUAUAAUGAAAUCGAAACAUGGAUAUAAUAAAAAUGAGCUGGAAAAAAUGGCUCGCGAGCAAUUAAAAUUUGAAUUGAAUGGAUCCAUUACAAUCAAAUCAAUUGAAAAGUCAAACGAAUUUGCAAAUGCUGAAUAUUGCCGUGAAAAACUUACCGAGCUUGAAGAACUUUGGCGUACACAAAUUAAUGCUGCCAUUAUCCGAGACCUAAACACAUUACGAGCUCAAAUUCGAUUUAAACCGAAUGGCUUCAUGAACUACUAUACAUACCUCAAAGUCUUGGAUACAUCUAUAUAUACUGAUAUAUUGAUAAAAGAGAUUUAUAAAUUGGCGGAAGGAUCGGAAACUUUUAGUCCAACAGUAGGACAACUUUAUAGAGAACUAGGCCAGAAAGUACAGCAAAGAUAUCAAGUUGAGAUGAAAAAGAAAAAUGGGAUAUUGGAAAAAAUUGGAGAAAUAUACAGUUCAUAUUGUGAUUUAUGGGAAGAGGCGAGUACAAACGACAAUCCUCGGCAAAUGUGGCAAAGACUUGUUCAUGAGCAACGUGCUAGUGGACCGAGUAUAGAUGUUAAAUAUGUUAGUUGGCCUGUCAAUGUACAGUCAGGAGUUGGUCGUUUUCUUUAUAAUAUUUUAAUGCGUGAUAUAAAAAUAGAUGCGCACAUCAUGCGACAAAAAGGAAAGAGUAAACAACAAAAUGUUUUACCCGCUUUUUAUACGCUUUUUCGAAACCAAGGACGCCUGGUAAAAGAGGAAGUAAAACCUCAUCCAGUGUUGGCAAGAUUGUUGCGUACCUCUCGUCAGCAGACAUUAACAUUUGAUUCAAACCUUGUUCCAAUGCUUUGCCCUCCGCAACCCUGGAGUACGCCAAAUAAUGGCGGCUAUUUAUUACAUAAAUCGGAUCUGAUCCGUUUGCCGCACCAGGCAGUACAGCAAUGGGAACGUAUAAACUCUGUCAUCCCGCAACACAUCUAUCCAGCACUUGAUUCUUUGAAUCAACUGUCGAGUGUAGGUUGGCGCGUUAACACCGAAGUACUUGAUGUUGUUAUAAAAGUAUUUCAAAAUGGUGGCGACGAGAAAUUAGAUGUUCCUCGGCCGCCGAGCUGUUUACCACCCUUAUCUUCCAUACAUGACGAAAGUCCUGCUUUAACAACUGCUGAACGCUCGAAGCGAUUUAAAGACAGAUUAGCGCAUCGACGAAAACAAGGAGAGAUGUACAGUUUAUGGUGUGACACAUUAUACCGGCUUUCUUUGGCAAAUUAUUAUCGCAAUCGUGUAUUUUGGCUGCCUCAUAACAUGGACUUUCGUGGACGGGUUUAUCCCAUACCACCUCAUCUUAAUCAUUUAGGAUCUGACUUGGCACGGUCUAUGCUUGUUUUUGAUCAUGCAAAACCGCUUGGACGGAAUGGUUUUAACUGGCUUAAACUACAUUGUAUUAACUUAACUGGUUUAAAGAAACGGGAUUCAGUGCGUGAAAGAUUAUUUUAUGCCGAAGAAAUAAUGGAUGAAAUUCUUGAUUCAGCUGAUAAUCCAUUGAAAGGAAAUAUGUGGUGGGUAAAAUCAGAUGAACCAUGGCAAACACUAGCUUGCUGUAUGGAGAUAGCUAAAGUUCAACGUUCAAAUAGUCCUGAAG